AAGAGAUUUGCCCGUAAGCCGCGUGCAGCUUCCCGAGCAUCUGAUAUGGACUUGGCUGGUGAUGAUCCUGCUAGUGACGGAGGAGAGCGUGGAGAGAGCGAAAUGAGUCCCGAUUCCGUUCCUGUGUCUCCUGGUGAGCCUGACCCGCUGCCCCAGUUAAAAAGGCCUACAGGGGUUGCCGACAUUAGGGAGGAUAGCAAUGUAGGACCUGAUUCCGCAGAUCCAGAUAACUUGCAGGAGGCAUACGUGGAUUUUGGGAAUAAAGAGGCUAACGCAUCCAUAAGGGGCUUGAUAGCGGACACUCCUACACUCCACUUCAUGUAUAGCUCUCCUCAGUUUGAUGGCCAGCUACCUGGAGACAUAUUUUCCGAGCCCACGUUCGAUAAUAAUCUUGAGGAUGAUUCUUUCGAAGGUAUAUGCCUCCUCCCAAAUUAA